AUGGGGCUGUCCGUGAUCCAAGAGCAGCACGAUGUCAUUAUCCAGGAGAUCAAGAACAUUACCCAGGGCGACUGGAAAUGCCUGAUUGUCGACGAGACAUCCAGGAAGAUCCUGGAUAAUGCAGUCAAGGAGGAUGAUAUCCUCAACAACAACAUCGCCACCAUCGAGCGCAUCGAGAAUCGCCGCGAGCCGAACCCCGAGAUGGAUGCCAUAUACCUGCUCUCGCCCGAGCCCCAUAUUGUCGACUGCCUCCUCGCUGACUUCGAGCGGCGGCGGUACCGCAGGGCCUUCCUGGUCUGGACCAACCUCCUAGACCCCAACCUGCGGAGGCGCAUCGACGAUUUCCCCGGCGUCAGGCAGCUGCGCGCGAGCUCCAAGACGCUCUUUAUCGACUUCUACCCUAGAGAGUCGCAUCUGAUCACGUUUCGCGAUCCCUGGAGCUUCCCGAUGCUCUACCACCCGUCGUGCAACUCGCUUGUCCCGAAGCACAUGCAGCAGCUGGCGCAAAGAAUUGCUGGCAUUUGCAUAACCAUGGGUGAAUAUCCCAAAGUGCGGUACUACCGACCGAAAAACGCCAUCCAUGAGGCAAGCGUACUGUGUUCGCACCUGGCACGAUUCGUGCAGGAAGAGCUCGACGGAUACGCACACUGGGACCCCAACUUCCCACCACCCUCGAACCGACCGCAAGCAAAUCUCAUAAUCACAGACCGGUCCAUGGACCUGAUGGCACCGUUGAUACACGAAUUUACCUACCAAGCCAUGGCGGCAGAUCUCCUUCCCAUCAAGGACGGCGACAAGGUCACAUUUCAUACGACCGUCAACGCAGGAACGCCAGAGGCCCAGGAAAAGGAUAUGGAGCUGAGCGAAAAGGACAAGAUCUGGGUCGACAAUAGGCACCGGCACAUGAAGGACACCAUCGACAAGCUCAUGGGAGACUUUCAAAAGUUCCUCGACCAGAACCCUCACUUCACCAACGAGAAUGCCGACGCCACGAACCUCAAUACCAUCAGAGACAUGUUGGCAGGUCUGCCGCAGUUUCAAGAGAUGAAGGAAGCAUACUCGCUCCACCUGACCAUGGCGCAAGAGUGUAUGAACAUAUUCCAGCACAACAAGCUCCCGGACAUUGCCUCGAUUGAACAGACCAUGUCCACCGGCCUGGACGAGGACUUCAGAAAACCCAAGAACGUUUGCGAGUCCGUCGUCCGGCUGUUGGACGACGACGCCAUCAUGCCGUCAGACCGACUUCGGCUCGUCAUUAUCUACGUGCUGUAUCGCGGCGGCGUCAUCAUGGAGGACAUCCAGAAACUGCUGAUCCACGCGUCUCUGCCCCCACAGGAUGCAGAAGUUGCGGCAAACAUGGAGUUGCUCGGCGGCAAGACCUCACAUGUGUUGAAAGAGCCGAGACAAAUUCCGCCGCCACUGUUCCCCCGGGACCCCAAGGCACCACAGCCGAGUGAGGAGUACAGUCUUUCACGUUUUGAGCCGGUCUUAAAGUCAAUGCUGGACGCUCUUGCGAGAGGAGCCCUGGAUCAGACAGUGUUUCCCUACGUCAAGCCACCGAUGGACCCGAAUGAAGACCUUUUGGUCGCUCAAGGGGGUUCCCUCCGCGCUGGCCGGCCGAACUGGGCAGCAGCCGGACGACGUCCUCCAGAGAACCGACAGCGCAUCUUCGUCUUCAUGGCUGGUGGCGCGACAUACAGCGAGAGCCGUGCAUGCUACGAGAUUGGCAACCUGCGCAGCCGGGACAUCAUCCUCGCUACUUCCCACAUGCUCACGCCCCAGCUCUUCAUCCGUCAGGUCAGCGACCUAAGCCGCGACAAGCGACAACUCGAUCUCCCCAUGGAGCGACCCAAGCCUCGCGCCCCUGCGCAUCUGUUUGAGCGCCCUGCUCCUCCUCCAGGACCAGGCGCUGUCGGCGGUGGCGGUGCACCCCAGCGUAUGGGUGCCGGACCCGGUAGACCGGCCACGUCUGGGCUGCCCACUCGGCCGGGUCCAGGCCCCGCCCCCGUUCCGCCGACGCCGGCCAUGGGCGCCAUGAGCCUCAACGCCCCUGGCUCACGGCCCAAGUCCGCGGCUGCCCCGGAGCCGCCGAAGCACGACGACGGCAAGCUGCACAAGGAGAAGAAGCGGAGGAACUUUUUGGGUAUGGGCGCGGACGGAGACGCGGACAAGGAUGGAGGCGCAGACAAGGACACAGGCGAAUGCAAGGACUUGAGCGCAGACAUGGACAUGACCGCAAACAAGGACAUGGAUGCAGUCAAGGACGCGGGCUGUGAUGCGGACGAGAAAGACGCAGCUCCUGGCUUACGCAAUACUCGCAGCGGUGGGAAAAGGCUCUCGCUGUCGUCGUCGCUCUCAUUCCGCCGCAGGCUCAGCGAGCAGCUCCCGCCGGAGCGCCUGGAGAGGAGUGAUUCCAAGCUCAAGCGCAUUUCCAAGCUUAUUCGCAGCGGCUCGACCGCCUUGCCGACUCCGUGA